AUGGCAAGCUGGAAGGCUGCAGAGAAGUAUUUUCUGGAUGCAUUAGAUAAAGUGAGAGCAAUCGGAAAUGAGGUGACUGUUGAUAAAUGGGAACCAUUAAUGAAUAAUCUGGGACAUGUAUGUAGAAAACUCAAGAAAUAUGAUGAAGCAUUAGACUAUCACCACCAGGCUCUUGUCCUCAUUCCUCAGAAUGCAUGCACCUAUUCCGCUAUCGGUUAUGUGCUGAGUCUCAUGGGAAAUUUUGAGAGUGCCAUCAACUAUUUUCAUACGGCUUUGGGUCUUCGUAGAGAUGAUACUUUUUCAGUUACAAUGCUUGGUCAUUGCAUAGAGAUGUACAUUGGGAAUGCAGAUGCCUAUAUUGGGACUGAGUUAAAGGAGAAAUUGGGUUGCUACGAGCUUGACAUGUCUACAAUGAAGGCACCAGUGAUCAAGAAAAUGAUUUGCCCCUCUUGGGAGGAGAGGGAUUGUGAUACUGAGUUGGAACAGCAGCCCCUCGAGGAGAGUGGCAUCAUGGCCUUGGAUGCAUCACCCCAGCAGAGCAAGUUAACAAAUACCGAGGCUCAUCAUGAAGAUACCCCACUUUUCACAGAAAUGGAAAUGAAUGAAAGUGACAUGAUAUUAGAGGCAUCCUUGUCUGACCACAGCACUUGAGUGCCUUCUGACGGCAAAUUUGGGAACCUUCCUCAUCUCCUUGGCAAGUUUAUUAAUCUGAGUGGUGCGAAUGUUCUGUGAUGUCUGCGGCUGAUUUAGAACUAACAGCAACGCUGGUGGAACUGGGCCCAUUCAGCAGACAGUGAGCUACCCCUUUCACAACAAUAUUUCCACAGCAAUAAGCGAAUGAAUGGGGUGGCUAUUUAACGAUGUAAUGUUCUCAUGGUGACCUGCAGAGUAAAAGGUGAUCAUGAUAUUUUGAAAUAUUGCCACCUGUCAUUUCAUUGUAUUAAAAUCUCUAAACUUGG